AGCGCAAUCGGGACACGCCUGCUCUAUCAGUACCUGAAACUUAAAAAAAGCUAUCUUUUUGGGCAGAGCUUCCCCGUCCGCAUAGCAUAAGCCAUUACAGGUGCAGGAAGUACCGGAGUACCCGUUCUCGUGAGGGGUUUGGCGCCAGCGAUCGAAAAUGUGGAUAGCUCCCGUUUUUGUACCAGGCGGCUCUAUAUCAAUUUCUUCGAAGUUUUGACGUCUCCGGCAUAAAAACGGCCAAUAAUAUUUUCCUUGGGCCCCUCCCUCAAGAGGGCUGACCGUGAAAUGCCACGUGGUCUGGGCGCAAACAAACCAGGGACUUGGUAACCGAGCAAAUUCUUUUGGGCAGCAUUUUGCAUUUUUGGCGGAAAAUCCUGCUAGAAUAUGGGUGGCGCUCCUGUUUGGUAAUCGUUUAUGGAUUGAUAUAAGGUUGGCAAAAUGAUAGGUACAUCAGUAAAAAGUUGUGGACAAAAGAAUUUAGCUGAUGAUGGAAAUCGUGUUUGGGAUGAUGAAAUCCGCAGUAGGCUGAACGAAGAAUAUGAUGACUGGAAAGAUCCAAAGAAAACACACAUGGUUCCACCUUCCUUUAAAGGCAUGAAUAAUGAUGCAGAUGUAGGGAGAAAAGCAGAGGAAAAGUUUUAUAAUCUUCUACAUGAACAUGGACAGAAUAACAAUGAGCCCAUGUUUGUUGUUCACUCCUUUGACUUCAGUGCGCAUCUACCAGACAGUGAUAGAGAAAGGUCAUGGGUCAUGGGAGAGUCUGACUUUGUCGUGAUCCAUCGAAUGCAUGGUCCAAUUUUUUUCCAAGUGAAAGCUACAUCAACAGGCAAAACUUACAAAGAGGCAGAAGGGCAGAUUCGCAAGGACAAACUUGAAUUAGAAAAUUUUUUCAAAAGGAUGGUGAAUGGAACCAUUUCUUCAAGAAAAGCAACAGAGACAUUUAAGAACUAUCCAGGUUUUGUUGUGAUGCCAAAUUGUCCUCGGGGUCAGCAGUCAGUUUGCACACGAGAUAAUGUCCUUUGUCAAGAGGAUUGUUCCAGCUUAGAGGCAUUUUCCAGGUGGUGGGAUGAGAAGAUUGGAGGGGCACAACAUCCAUCACUUGAUCCAACAAUCUUUGAGUACUUGGUAAUGUGGUUUGUGGGUUCGAUUCACACUGGCCAUUGUCUCAGCUACUCCAUUGAUAAAAGCCACAACAUGCUUGUAAUCAGAACCAGAGAACAGUUGAAUGCAUUACUGAAUACAACACCUGAACAAUGGAUAACUGGUCCUGCUGGUAGUGGAAAGACAUGGUUGCUUAUGGAGAAAGUCAAGAUGCUUGCUAAAAAAGUCCUUCUCCAUGAAAUGGAAGAGAAGAUACUUGUUGUUUGUUACAACAAGCCCCUGUCGAAGAUGUUUUUAUCGACAUUUAAACAACACUUGAAUGACUUGUUGCAAAAUGUCAGUGAAGAUUUGAGUUCAGUAGUCAAAGUGGUGACUUUUGAUGAGCUCCUCUAUGAGAUAACUAAGGUGAAGUCCGGUGAAUCUGAUCAGGAAAAAAGGGAACAUGUUGCCAGAGCUGUGAAACUGUUGGAGAAAGGAACUGCUUCCAUUCAACAGUAUGACCAUAUAUUUGUUGAUGAAUGUCAGGAUCUGUGUGGUGACAAGUGGCCAAUUCUUUUUGAGAAGUUGCAGAAAGAUGCUGAUGACCUGUCUGACGACAGUGAUGAUGAAGCUGAAUGCAAACACAUCUGGUUCUUGUACGACACUAACCAGUAUCUCAGGUUAUCAGACCAGCAACAUCAGUUCUUCAAAAAGAAUCGCAAGAAAACCACCAGACUCUCUAGUGUGCUUCGCAACACUGGAAAUGUCUUCAAACAGUCAAGCAAGUACUACAGGUCAAAAGUAACUGAAGAACUUCAGUUAGGACACAGUGAAGAUGGCUUGCCAAUCAAGUUCGAUGACUCACUUACAAGUACAAAGGACUCAGAGUAUCAAGGUGCAGAGGCCAUAGAGAAACACAUUUGUAAACUCCGCCUACACAAUGUUAAAGACAGGGACAUCUGCGUGCUGGUGAAGAAUACAGCGAUUCGUGAUGAGCUCAAGUCUAAGCUAAAACAUCUUAAAGUAAAGACCCAAGAUGCCGAAGAACUGUUUGACACCACAACAGACCAAAACAAUGUCAUUGUUGAAAGCAUAUGGCGAUUCAAAGGCUUGGAAUCAAAAGUGAUCAUCCUUUACAACCCUCCCUUUUUUGAAGAUAAGGACUGGACAAUUAAGACAACUAAGGAAAUUCUUUACACGGCUGUUUCCAGAUGCUUUUGCUAUCUGGUAGUGAUCACAACAAAACAAGGCUGUAAGGCGUUGCAAUCACCAAUGGGGAUACACGAGAAAACCAGUAGUGCUGGCAGCCAAAAGAAUUCUGUCAUGUUACAUAGUUCUGAAGAUCUGGCAUCAGCGAAGAGAUCACAGUGCAAUGCUUUGUUUAAGGAAGCCUUUGGAAAAAGAGCUAUUGAAAGCCAAUAUGAGAGUGGUCCUCCAGAACCUACUUACAAGCGGCACUUUAAAGAUGAUGGUGAUGAUGAUGGGGGCAAAGACGAGGCACAUAUUUCUCCGCCAAAACUUUCCCGAAUGGAGAAAGCCACAAUGCAUCGACAGUAUGAGUUGAGCAAAAGAUCUAGUGAGGAACGCCCCCAAAAAGUACCUGGCAGUAAUCUUUUGGAACCUGGAGACCCCGAUAUAAAGGAUUCCAUAAGAAAUAAUGCAUUUGGUCUGCUCAAUGAGACAGUGGAGCAGAACCUGCAGCACAUUCCUGGUCCCAGUAACCAAGUUUCAAAUUCAGAUGUAACAUCAGUUGUUGCAGAGAUUGAGUAUGAGGUGUACUGUAGCAGACGAAAGGAGUGUAACCAAAGAAAUUACACAAAAGAACUCAGAAACUUAAAAAGGGAAAUUGAAAAAUGCAACAGAAGUCAGACAAGCCAUGAGAGUGUUAAGAGAGCCCUCAAGGUCAGCAUGAACACAUCUUGAAAAGGCACGUGCUUGCCUACUGGCAGUACAUACUUUACUUAAGGGCUGCAAUUGACAGUUGGUCAUGCAGUAGACAAUGACCCAAAUUUUCCCAAAAUUGAAAACUGACUACCGUUACCCACAUGCAAUGUACAUGUAUCGAUCAAAUAGAGACAUCAACACCCCAAAGCACAUUUCACUGGCUGACAUGCCCGAAGGGAUGGGAAGUUGACUUAAUUGUUGUUGUUUUCUGGGAUGGGGGAUUUGACACGUGAUCAUGUGUUAGGGGUGGGGUGAGAAUUUGACCAAGUUCCUCUAAACGAUGGUGAAGACAAAUUUUGUUUAUGACUUUUAUUUUUUAGUACAAAAACAAUACCUCAGAGACCUGUUAUUUUUUACCAUUUUUGUCUCAGGGGUAAGGGACAUUGAUUGCCUUAUGUGGCAAUAAUGGUGCCAUGUAUCAUCAUCAUCAUCAUCAUUCCUCAUCAUGUCAUGGGAUGCAUAAGGUAUUAUAAUAGUGGUAUGGUGGGGCAAUAAUUUGAACACCAGUUUUUGGGCAUAGGGGUUGGAAUUUAAAACUGAAGACUUCCAAAGUUCAAACAGACCAUAUUCGUAUCCUUGGUAUUGGACUAGAACUAGCUUGCAACUGAGGCUAAUGCGGGGAGUAUUUUCAAUUGCAAAUGACAUUUAAUCUCUCUUUUAA